GCGCUAGUGAAGCCGGUCACUGUGAAUGUUGGACGAGCGGGAGCCGCGAGCUUAAACGUUGUGCAGGAGGUAUGCUACGUGAAGCAUGAGACAAAGAUUCCUGAGCUGUUGGAAGCUCUUCAAAAGACUCCUCCACCUGUGAUAAUCUUUGCUGAGCGGAAGCAAGAUGUGGAUGCGAUUCACGAGUAUCUCUUGCUGAAGGGUGUGGACGCGGUGUCGAUUCACGGUGGCAAGGACCAAGAGGAGAGGGUAGCGGCUGUCAAAAUGUUCCGCGAACAUCAGCGUGAUGUUCUUGUCGCCACUGAUGUGGCGAGCAAGGGUCUUGAUUUUCCAGAGAUUAUGCAUGUCAUUAACUAUGACAUGCCAGAGGAUAUUGAAAAUUAUGUACACAGGAUUGGUCGUACAGGCCGAGGGAAGCAGAAGGGUUUGGCAACCACCUUCAUCAACAAGAGUGUGAACGAGUCAACCCUACUGGACUUAAAGCACCUGCUCAUAGAGGCGCGACAGCCGGUGCCAGACUUCCUGCUGGAGCUCUCUGCCGAUAACGUGGAUGAGCAUUUGGUGGGCGUGAGUGGUGAUGAGGUGGGCUGUGCUUACUGCGGAGGCCUUGGACAUCGCAUCACACAUUGUCCCAAGUUGGAGGCUGAGCAGAAUAAGGCGGCUGUGGGAAUGAGUCGGAAGGACUACCUCUCCUUUGCCGACUACUAG